CUCGCCUGCGCCGUCCUUCCAUCUCGCGGAGUGGCGAACGUCCGACGUCGCGCGCACAGCACACAACACCUCUCACUUCUUAACACUCCCAGCCAACGCCAUGGCGGACCCGCGCGCGGCCCGCGGCGAUUCGGCGUGCUCGGACGACUCGGCUUACGGGGACGAGACUCUCAGUCAAGACGAGUUCGUACAGCGCCAGAUGGACAAAAUGCGCAGUCUGGACGAGGUGGAGAACAUAUCGUUCCUCGAGUCGGCGCCGUCACAUCGAAGCAGCAACCACAGUGGCACCAGUGAGUUGUCUGCCAACAUGACAGUCUUCGAGAAGCUACAGGCGUUGGCCCUAGCGGAAAAUAUCAAGUUAGACGACCCCAACGGCGGUUCAGGUUUAUCGAAAAAAGACGGGGACGAUGAAGACGAUGACGAUGACGAUGACGGCGAAGAAGACGACGAUACCUAUGAAAUUUCAUGGGACGGAGGCCCUCUCGGACUUUUAUUCAAGGCCAACGCCAAUGGUCAGCCUGUGAUUCGCCGCGUUAAUAAAAAGGGAGCGGCGACGGGUCUGCAAUACGCACGAGCAGGUGACGUACUGCUCGCACUCAAUGGCGUCAGCGUCUCUGCUACGCCCUUUAGCGAGGUGAUUGAGCAAUUGAAGAACCCCGAGUUCCCGAUUAAACUGGACUUCCGACCGCUUAAAUUGAGCGACUUGGCAUCCGCAGCUUCCUCGGCUACAUCGAAGUGGGGACUUCCUCGCACGGGCUCUUCGAUUCAUAGUAGUGAUGCGACAUCAGCUUUCUGCGGAUCUCCAGUAUCAUCUAAUGCGACAGUGGACAUGCGAAGUAACCGAGGAGCAGGAUGGGGAGAGUCUUCCCCGACGUAUAUGCCGCAAGUGAACGAAGCGCCCUCAGAAGACCCGACAGAUGUUGAGUACGAUGUUGUGUGGAGUGAAGGGCCAUUGGGGUGUGAAUUGAAGCAGCGGAAUGGACUUCCUGCGGUUAAAUCCGUGACGGGUACAGGUGUCACGCCGUCGGUGGCACAGAUUGCGGCGGGCGAUAUUCUUGUGAGUAUUAACGGCUUGCGUACCGAGGAGAUUGGGUUUAAGAGCACAGUCACUUUGAUGAUGCGAGCAACGAAGCCCGUGUACUUGAGAUUCCACCGAGGUGGAGCACGACAGCCACCUUCUAGCUUUAGCGACCUCCCGCCAAGCUACAGGGGGCCUCAGAGCAACAGAGAGACGUUCCAGGAUACACCUGGAGCAGAAGCUGCACCGCUGGAUCCAAAGCAGUACACGGUGCUAUGGCGUGAAGGUCCGUUGGGCAUUCAGAUUCGUACGUCCAGCAAGGGUCGUGUCGUGGUGGCGCGACUUACAGGUGCAGGUGAUCCAAGUGUGAACAACUCGGUCAAGCCAGGCGACAUCUUUGUGCGUGUGGCAGGAGUCGACGUUGAUUCUUUGGGUAUUGCAGGCGCCUUUGAACUGCUUAAAACCGUUCAGAAGCCUGUAGUUCUCGUCUUUCAGCGACGCGGACGUGGUCACAGCCGCGCACAAUCACGUGGAAGACAUCCGGGUCUACCGGCACCGGCGCCGGCACCUUUGCCGUCAUCGUCAGCAGUACCGUCUUUCAGGCAAUUACGUGAAGAGGAAGCUGCCGCUGCCGCUGCAGCAGGGAUCGCACGAGCACACAGCGCUGGAUACACCCCAGCUCGACAGAGAGCUCAAAGCCGCGGAGGUUCGUUGAAUCACUUUGGUGGCGGAUAUCAAGACCUAGAGAACUAUGCAGCGUCUGAUGACGGUACUAGUCUGCAGAGCUACGACUACCUGGCAGACUCGCCGCGUUCGAGUGCAUCUCGCAAUAAUUCCGGCCGGCUAUUGAAUGUAGACGGAAGUAUCUUGGAGAACGAUCUACCCAGCUACUCAGACCUACCACCUCCACCGCCGUUCCCCGGCACGGAGCCGAACGCUACAGGUGAGAAUGACGACGAUGACUAUCCAGAGGAAGAUAGUUUCCCGCCAGAGGCCCGAGAUGAGAGCCCGUCACUCACAGGAUUGCCACCACCUCCAUCUUACAUGGACGUAUUCACGGCGUCUGGAAGAGCCAAAGAUCCCAUCACGGUCGUGCCCCCUUCCGCUCGCAGUAUGGACCUCCACAACAUCCCCGAUGAUGAAUCAGCAGGUGACGAGUAUUUCGGUGACCAUAUAGAGCGCCCUCCUCCAUUUGAAGCCCACGGCACUGAUGGACCUCUGCCUCCUGCUCCAAUGUAUCCUGACGAUCCAUUACCUCCAGCAGAGGAAACCCCAUCAUUUCUCGGCCAACCAAGUCGACUACAGGAGCUUCGACGUCAAUACAUUGAAUCGGAGCGUCAACGCAAUAUGCUGCAGAACGGAAGUGCGACAAUGGUGAGUACAUACUCGGAUAUCGACGAUUCGGGUCUUGUGGUGCGUCACCAACGCCAGCCUUCAGGCGGAUCAGUUCUGGACACCGCCCCAUCGCCGCAGCUACCUCUUCCAGAGCUGUGGGUGCGCUGGAGUGAUGGUCCGCUUGGCAUCACAUUCAAGCGCAAGAACGGCCAGAUUGUCGUGUCACGACUAACCGGUUCAGGUUAUUCGCCGGGUCUGACACAACUGCGUCCGGGUGACUGGCUGGUGUCAUUCAACAAUCAAUCCACCCGCAACUUACGGCUCGGGGAAACGAUGGAACUACUGAAGCGUUCGCCGAAGCCUGUGGACAUGUGCUUUAUCGUUCAGUAA